GAUUAGGAUUAAACCCCAGGUGCUCGCUCCUCUUUGCUUCGGCUUUCUUGCACUACUUACAGUUGUUUUCCUCUGUUCCAGGCUCGCUGCACAAAUAAAAUCCAAGCAAGGCGGACGGGCGUCAGGGCUGCCUAUGUAGACGAAAGAAUUCGCUCAAGGUCACGCAACCUGCGGCUGGGCUGCAUCUCGUGACUCCCCGUCUGGAGCGUUGACCGCGGACCGUUCCCGCGUUACAUGCGGUAAGACCAGCUGAUCUUGAGCGCCUCCGGAUCUCUGAAAAUGUCUGGCAAAACGGCUAGCACCACCAACAACAUAGCUCAGGCCCGGAGGACUGUCCAGCAGCUGAGAAUAGAAGCCUCAAUAGAACGGAUAAAGGUGUCAAAGGCGUCAGCAGACCUCAUGCUCUAUUGUGAAGAACAUGCCAAGAAAGAUCCGUUGCUAAUGGGCAUACCUGCCUCUGAGAACCCCUUCAAGGAUAAGAAGACGUGCGUUUUGCUAUAGGAGCGUUCGCGCCACCGCCGCUCUGCGACGCGGGGCAAGAUGUAUAGACAAAUAACCUGUAAGGUACCCGCUAGUAACUCUUCCUUUUCCACGUGUAUCAAUGAUUCCUUAAGCCUUCUAAAGCAUUUCCUCUCUUCCCGGUCUUCGUUAGGAAGCAGGUUUCAAGCCGAAUUAACUGCCCUCUGGGCCGAGGGAGCGGGGUC